UGUCUCGUAGAAAAAGGGUUGAGAAACGUGCGCAGAGCAGCGUCGGUAGCGUCACGACGCCGUCGCUCAAUUGACAUUUGUGAGUCAGCCAAUCGGACGUAUGUCUGUGAUUGUGGCAGCGGGGUGCUGUGAUUAGUGGCAUAGGUGGGGGUUUUUUCGAACUUUUACUGGAAAAAGGUACGAUGGGCGACACCAGCGACUUAGACCGACAAAUCGAACAGUUGAAAAGAUGUGAAACUAUUAAGGAAUGUGAAGUUAAGGCGUUGUGUGCAAAAGCUAGGGAAAUUCUUGUUGAAGAGAGCAAUGUUCAAAGGGUUGACUCACCAGUUACAGUUUGCGGUGACAUACAUGGCCAGUUUUAUGAUCUGAAGGAACUUUUCAAAGUAGGGGGCGACGUCCCUGAAACGAAUUAUUUAUUCAUGGGGGAUUUUGUUGAUCGUGGAUUUUACAGUGUUGAAACGUUCCUGUUACUACUAGCCUUAAAAGUUAGAUACCCUGAUCGCAUCACUUUAAUACGAGGCAAUCACGAAUCGCGUCAAAUAACCCAAGUUUACGGUUUUUACGACGAGUGUUUACGCAAAUACGGAUCUAUAACCGUUUGGAGAUACUGCACUGAAAUUUUCGAUUACCUCUCACUUUCAGCUAUCAUUGAUGGCAAAAUUUUCUGUGUUCAUGGGGGGCUAUCACCCUCUAUACAAACCCUAGACCAGAUCAGAGUCAUUGACCGGAAACAAGAAGUACCACACGACGGACCAAUGUGCGACUUGUUAUGGAGCGAUCCUGAAGAUACACAAGGUUGGGGCGUGUCGCCUCGCGGGGCGGGUUAUUUGUUUGGUUCCGAUGUCGUGGCCCAAUUCAACGCCGCCAAUGACAUCGAUAUGAUUUGUCGGGCGCAUCAACUGGUCAUGGAGGGCUACAAGUGGCACUUUAAUGAGACUGUUCUGACAGUUUGGUCAGCUCCGAAUUAUUGUUACAGGUGUGGCAAUGUUGCCGCCAUUUUGGAACUGAAUGAGCAUCUGCAACGUGAUUUUACGAUUUUUGAAGCGGCGCCUCAAGAAACUCGAGGUGUACCAUCGAAAAAACCACAAGCUGAUUAUUUUCUGUAAUAGUUUAGUUGUUCAUUUUUUAAUUGUAAUAUACAUAUACUCUUGAUCAUUUAUUAAUUCAUAAAAACAUCAUUUAUA